ACAGUUCAAUAUCAUGAUCGGAGUAGGGCGGACGUUUCUCCAUAUUCUCCUGUUCUCUCCUAUCCUACAUUUUACCCCCCUCACCAUGGAGACGAAGAAGGACGACGAUGUCGUGGAUACAAGAUCUGGUUUCUAUCCUGGAGGUCCUGGAGGUCCAGCUCUAGUACCUGGAGCUAACCAAGGGAGGAACCGUGAUGAUGGAAUGAAUCCACAAAUUAAUUGGAACAAUCAACCCUACCCGGAUAAUUUUAACCAACCAAAUGGACCCAACUCCCCAUACGGAGACAGACCGAACCCGGGUGGUUUCGGGGUUCCUGAUUUCCUGUUAAACCGACCCGGGGGUCCUGGUCCAGGAAACGGAUAUAACAGUGGGUUUAAUGGAAAUGGAUUAGGUUCUGGUCCGAUGAAUUUUCAGGAUUCACAGUUCCUGGACGUAACUCCUCCAUGCCGAGAUAUUCUCUCCAGGUUUAAGGAUGCAAUGAUGAGAGACAGAUCAACCUUCUACCUGAGCCAGGGUCGACAGAUGGAGUUUGGUUCAACUCCACUAGAACGAGCUCAGAUCUCUGGGUUCAACUCCUUCAACGUAGAGGAGUGUUCCCCAUCGGCUGAUGGUUUAAUGCUCAUCAGGAUUAGGUUCAACAUGCUCACUCUGAUAGCUCCCAGGAAUGGUCCAGGAGGGUUCAGGGGUAAUGAUUUCCCAGGACAAGGAAUGGAGAACGAAUAUGGAAGAGAAAUACCAAGAUUUUCAGGGAACCAGAUAUAUAGAUUUGGAAGACAGCGAAGAUAUCGUAGACAAACCUUUAAUGGUAGACAAGAUAGAUUCGGAGGAGAAGGGUCGGUCAAUCAGUUCUACCCAAAUACUAUGCCAGGAAACCGGGAACAGGUUGUGGAUGUGAAUGGAGUUGAGUUGAUCUACAAUCCGUCCCGUUCUCUUAGAGGCAACUCCCAACCUGUCUCCAGGGUUCAUUUAAACCUACGGGAUGCAACCUUCAGAGAGAGAUUUGGUCCUGGAACUAUUCAACCUUUCUACCUGUGGGAGGAGGGACAGAUACUAUUCCAGAACCUGGAGAUACAGUUGGAUAUCAUUCUGCAGAAUAUAGUCGAAGAUAUCAGGAACCAGAACCAGGUUUACAGGUUCAGAAGAUCACCAGUCAAGGGAUAUUCAUUGUAAAAUCAGACAAUAUCUGAAAUCCUACAUAAUAGGAGAAUAUUAGCGUACCAUGAAACCCAGGAUAGAUCAGAGAACCAUGAAAACUAGGAUAAAUUACUGAACCAUGAAAACUAGGAUACAUUAUAGAACCAUUUAAACUAGGAUACAUUAUAGAACCAUGAAAACUAGGAUAGAUCAGGAAACCUUGAAAAUUAGGGAACCAAGAAACACAGGAUGGAUCAAGGAACCAUGAAAACCAGGAUAGAUCAAGGGACCAAAAAUACCAGGAUAGAUCAAGGAACCAAGAAACACAAGAUGGAUCGAGGAACCAUGAAAACCAGAAAAGAUCAAGGAACCAAGAAACACAGGAUGGAUCAAGGCACCAUGGAAAACCAGGAUGGAUCAAGGAACCAAGAAAACCAGGAUAGAUCAAGGAACCAAGAAAACCAGAAUAGAUCAAGGAACCAAAAAAAACCAGGAAGGAUCCAGGAACCAAGAAAAUCAGGAUAGAUAAAGGAACCAAGAAAACAACCAAGAUAGAUCAAGGAACCAAGAAAACCAGGAUAGAUCAUGGAACUAAGAAAACCAGGAUGGAUCAAGGAACCACGAAAAACCAGGAUAGAUAUAGGAACCAAGAAAACCAGGAUAGAUCAAGGAACCAAGAAAACCAGGAUGGAUUAAGGAACGAAGAAAACCAGGAUAGUCAAGAAACCAAGAAAGCCAGGAUAGAUCAAUGAACCAAGAAAACCAGGAUAGAUCAAGGAAUCAAGAAACACAGGAUGGAUCAAGGAACCAUGGAAACAAGGAUAGAUCAGGGAACCAAGAAAAUCAGGAUAGAUCAAGGAACCAAGAAAACCAGGAUGGAUCAGGGAACCAAGAAAACCAGGAUAGAUCAAGGAACCAUGAAAACCAGGAUGGAUCAGGGAACCAUGAAAACCAGGAUAGAUCAAGGAACCAAGAAAACCAGGAUGGAUCAAGGAACCAUGAAAACCAGGAUGGAUCAAGGAACCAAGAAAACCAGGAUAGAUCAAGGAACCAAGAAAACCCGGAUGGAUCAGGGAACCAAGAAAACCAGGAUGGACCAAGAAAACUGAUUUACCAGAAACAUUCUAAGAAUCGUCUAAGACCCCAAAUUUUAAAAAUGUUGAAUCGAUCAUUGACUUCACGGUCUUUCCUAUGUACCAAACAUAAAAAAUACUGUUUUAUUUUCUUUUUCAUUCAAUUCCUGGAAUAUUUAUGUAUUAUGUGUUCUUUAUCUAACAAUUCCACACAUGAUAGUAAUUUUAUACUCUUUUUAUGAUGUUUAUCUACAGUUUAACCCAGAACUUUGGAGGUCCGAAAGAAUUUAUAAAAUGUCGUCUUGACAAUUUUUCAAUAGGUUUUAUACUAAUAUACCUAAAACUCAAUAAUUUUAAAAAUAAAUAAAUAGCCAUGAAAUCUAUGGGAACAGUGUUAAAAAGCUCCAUUUAAUUAUUCAACUAAAAAUCUAAAUAUCAGCAGCAUUCUUUUAUCAGUAGGUUUAGAAAACGACAUUAUAUCAAUUCUUUGGAUAUCUCCGAAGUUUGAGAUAGAUCUCGAAGAAUUUAAAUUUGUUAAACUAAUAUCUAUGAAGUAUGUUAAAACCUGUACCUCUCAUAAAAGGUAGCGUUCGCGAAAUAAUAAAGGGCGUACAGGCUUACGGCGAAAAAUAAGCACUUAUGAUCGCUACUAAUCUUACUUCUAUCUGUUACGUACAUAAGGAAAAA